AUGCAGGUGAAGAAGGUCACCUUCUCCCUGGAGGAGGAGUGCGGCUUCAGCAAGGCGGAGAUCCGGUCGAUCCUGCUCGCCUACCCUCGCCUCUGGCGCCGAUACUACGGCAGCCCGCGGACGCCGCCCGGGCGCGACCUGGUGCGCACCUUCGACUACCUCCACGGGGAGAUGGGCCUCGCCCAGGAGGUGAUCGCCAAGACGCCGAAGAUCUUCUCGGUGCGCCUGCCGCGCAUCGAGGCCCGCCACCGGUACCUGGUGGCCCUGGGGCGGGCGCAGUACGACCCGACACGGCCGCUGUACGUUCCGUUGACGGCCUUCUACGAACUUGAUGACGCGGAGUUUUGUCUGCGGCAUGCAAAGACCUCGGUUCACGAUCUGAAUGCCUUCCUCAAGACCAUGUAA